AUGAUCAUCGAGCCCACGAGCGCCCGGCUGCUGCCCGACCCCCUGCGCGAGCCCUAUUACCAGCCGCCCUACACGCUGGUCAUCGAGCUCACGGGCGUCCUGCUGCACCCCGAGUGGUCGCUCGUCACCGGCUGGCGCUUCAAGAAGCGCCCGGGCAUCGAGAGCCUCUUCCAGCAACUGGCGCCGCUCUACGAGAUCGUCAUCUUCACCUCCGAGACGGGCAUGCCCGCCUUCCCGCUCAUCGACAGCAUCGACCCCCACGGCUUCGUGUCCUACCGCCUGUUCCGUGACGCCACCCGCUACAUGGACGGCCACCACGUGAAGGACAUGUCCUGCCUUGGGAGGGGACAGUGA